AUGGCGCUGACAACAGAGCAGGAGACAGCAGCAACGGAGACGACAGCAGCAACUGAAGCAACAGAAGUAGCAACCCCAGCAGCAGCAGCAGCAGCAGCAGCAGCAGCAGGAGCAGCAUCCCCGUCGUGCGCUGCGACGGCAGCAGCAGCAGCAGCAGCUGCAGCUGACGCGACGCCGUUCCCGCUGCUGCUGUCCCCCGCUGCAGCCUCCCCGCCCGCCCCCGCCCCAGCAGCAGCAGCAGCAGCAGCAGCAGCAGCAGCAGCAAAAGGGCCGCUGCCGAUCUCGCUGCUGUCGCACGCGCACCCCAUAAAGCUGAUACUGACGGACUUCGACGGCACUUUUGCUGGCAGCAGCAGAAAACCCUCAGCAGCAAACUUGCAAGGGUUUAGGCUGGCGCAGCAGCUGGGCAUUCUUGUGGGGUUUGCAACGGGGCGCGGCCGCGCCUCUGCUGUUGCUGCUGCUGCUGCGGAGCCCCCUGCUGCUGCUGCUGCUGCUGGGGACCCCGCUGCUGCCGCUGCUGCUGCUGGGGACCCCGCUGCUGCUGCUGCUGCUGCUGCUGCUGCUGCUUUGGACUACAAAGGGUACCCCGGGGUGUUCUGCAACGGGGCUGUUGUGUGUGGGGCGCGGGAGGGGGAGACAGUUGCUGCUCGUUGGCUUCCUGCUGCAGUGCAGCAGCAGGUGCUGGAGCUGCUGGAGCAGCAGCAGCAGCUGCAGCACGUGCUGGGGAUAACGGAGACGGGCUGCUUCUGCUGCAGCAGCAACAAGUUCACUUUGCUGCCAGCAGCAGAGUUCGGGGAGGAGCCGGCGGUGCUGCUGCCGCGGGAGUGUAUGUACAGCCGGCGGUUCAACAAGCUGCUGCUGUGGCAGCCCGCUGCGCUGCUGCUGCAGCUGCGGCUGCUGCUGCAGCAGCAACUUGGCAGCCUUCUCGAACUCACUAUGCCCUAUCCAGAGCUGCUGGAGAUCUGCAGCAAAGGAGACACAAAGGGGCGGGGACUAGUUGAGCUGUCUGUACACCUGGGAAUCUCCCCACAAAACGUUUUAGUUCUCGGAGACUCCGAAAACGACAUUUCCAUGUUUCAAAAAGCUGGAGUUGCUGUUGCUGUUGCGGGAGCAGCAGCAGCAGCAGCAGCAGCAGCGCACUACCUUGCUGCUGCUCCCGAAGACGGGCCGCUGCUGCAGGUCGUCCAGCUGCUGCAGCAAAAGGGGCUUUGCCCGCAGCAGCAAAAGCCGCUUUGA